AUGCCGAUACGCCGCUCCCAUGCAAAAUCCCGCCACGGGUGCAGCAGCUGUAGGCGAAGACGAGUCAAGUGUGACGAGGCCAGGCCGGUUUGCAAAAACUGCAGAACGCGAAAAGAUGAAAACACUUGCGUCUAUAGUACAUCAGGCCCAUUCGUCUUCGCGGAGGAUGCGCCCGGAUCACCGCGGAAGGCCCCGCAAAAAUCGAAAUCAUCAAGGAGCGGUAGUGGCAGUGGCUCCGAUCGGUCCCCCCAGGCUCUCUGGGGUCCUUUCGCUGGCUCCAAUGAUUUGGUGGAGGCUCCUGUGAUUAAUAUGCAGCAUAUGCAACUCGAGCUUCAGUGGAUAAAACAUACCCACAAACUGUUCGCCCGCAGCGAAGAGACUAGAAAGGUGUGGGAGUUUUUAGUGCUACAAGAAGCCUUCCACGCACCAUUCCUGAUGCAUGGCAUUAUAGCACUGAGCGCAUUGCACUGUUCAAAUGAGCAUGGUGAUCUUCAGCGAGCGGAGUGGCUUUCGGCGGCAGUGGCGCAUAAAAGCACCGCCUUGUCCAUGUUUUGGGAACAUCUCAAUGAUAUUACGGAGUCCAAUGCUAAAGCAAUGAUGAGCUUCGCCGGAAUUGCCUUGGCUUUCAGUUUUGCGAGUGCCUUGAUCUGCCCUCAACCCGAAGAUGGUCCCACUCUACGGUCGUUGAUCGACGUUUUUGUUCUUGCUCGAGGUGUUCAGGCUGUCGUGAAUGCAGCGAGUGAAUUCCUCCACCAGAGUACUUUCGCACCACUUUUCGAUAUUGCCUCACCCGAAGUGACUAUCCCAGUCGAAACCCUACAAGCCUUCGAUCGCCUGGAGGAGUUGAACGACCGUUGCUACGAACUGUCCGCUGAGCACAAUAUACAAUCUUACAAGCAAGUUAUCGGAUCAUUGCGAGAUCUUGUUUGUUUCACCUACGCAGAGCCCACCUCCCUAACGCUAGCUGCAGGUUGGGCCAUUCGGUUAUCACAUCACUACCUGGAAGAGCUGAAUAAUCGUACACCAUUUGCCCUAGUGGUGCUUGCCCAUUACUGUGUGUUUUUACAUCGAGCACGACACAAUUGGUGCAUUGGAUCUUGGGGCUACGCGGUAUUUGAAGAGAUAAAUUUGGUACUGGAUCCUGGUUGGAAAUCACACAUCGGUUGGGUAACCAGUGAAAUCAUCUUGCGAUAA